UCCUCUGGGUACCAGCUCCUUACUGCCCUGCAGGCGUUCGUGCUUGUGGCCAAGAGAAAGAGGACAUUAAUUCUUUAAAUCCCAGCAGAACUCCUGCCUGCCCGCCCCUUCCUUUCUGUCUGCAGGUCUGAGGGUCUGUGUUCACAGACAUCUCGAGGCAAGAAAAAGAGGAGGAAACUAUCCCGAAUCGUCUCAGGCAGGAAACUACAACAUCAUGCAAAAAUCCUGCAGAGAAAAUGAAGGAAAGCCCAAGUGCAACGUGCCAAAGAGAGAGGAAGAACGCCCCUAUGGAGAAUUCGAACGCCAGCAAACAGAAGGAAAUUUUAGGCAAAGGCUGCUUCAGUCUCUCGAGGAAUUUAAAGAGGACAUAGACUAUAGGCAUAUUAAGGAUGAAGAAAUGACAAGAGAGGGAGACGAGAUGGAAAGGUGUUUGGAAGAGAUAAGGGGUCUGAGAAAGAAAUUUCGGGCUCGGCAUUCUAAGCACAGGCAUUCUCGGGACCGUCCUUACCCCAUUUAAUGCAUUUCUUCCCUGAAUUCAACUAUUUUCUGUUACUAAUAUUGCAGCAUUGGUUCCUUUUGUCUGCGUUUUCUUGCUAAAUAUUUGUUACUAUUUUAUUCCAAUCCUUCAGUGUUCCUUUGAUUUACAUAUGAUUCUUGCUACCAACAUUUCAUCUUUUG